AUGGGAAUGGAGAGAGAGGAUCACAAAACGAAGGCAAUGAAUAUGCUUCGAAGCAGAAUCUGUGACCCCAAAUUCAUCUUCAAUUUCAACGAUGCUCCUGACAGCAACUACAGCAAGCUCAAAUUCAUGAUGUCAAGUUCGGUGACGGAGGCGUGCAACAAUUCUAUUCUGCUUCUCGGUCCCCGUGGCUCCGGGAAGAUCGCGGUUUUGGAGCUUGUUAUUCAAGAUUUGUUGCUGCAAUAUCCCGAUUCAAUUUCAGUGAUCAGGUUGAGUGGGCUUUUGCACAGUGAUGACAUAUCCGCAUUCAAGGAAAUAGCUAGGCAGUUAUGCAUGGAGCAUCAUUUGCUGUUCUCAAAAGCGGCUUCUUUUGAUGACAACUCCCAGUUUAUGGUAGCCAUGCUAAAGGAAUGCGGAUUAGCACAUAAAACAGUAAUUUUUAUUCUUGAUGAGUUUGACCUCUUUGCUCAGGGUAAACAGCGGCUACUUUAUAGCUUGCUAGAUGCAAUGCAGUCAGUAACAUCACAGGCUGUUGUACUUGGCAUUAGUUGCCGGCUGGAUGCAGAUCAGCUGUUGGAGAAAAGAGUACGAUCUCGUUUUUCACAUAGAAAGCUGUUGUUUUUACCACCUUCAAUGGAAGACUCUCAGAGAUUACUGCUGCACAUGCUGACACUACCAGUAGAUUCAAGCUUUCCAGAUGAUUAUGCUGUUGAAUUUAAUAGAAAGGUCCAAAAUAUUAUAGAAGACAGAAGGUUCAAAGAAACCUUCAAUAAAUUUUUAAAUUUUGACUCGUCUGUCAAACAUUUGCUGAGGUUCCUAUUCUGUGCAGUCUCUCAUAUGGAUUUGCAGACCGGGUUUCUGUCCCAGGAGAACUUUGAAAGUGCAUUUUCAAGUAUCCAGAGGCAGCCCAAACUGGAAUGUUUAAGAAAUUGCUCCAUUUUAGAACUUUAUAUUUUGGUUUGCAUGAAGAGAUUGGAGGUUAAAGAGCAAAGUUUAUGCAACUUCAAUUCUGUAAUGAAAGAGUAUAAAAGUAUACAUGAUUCCUUCCGGACUUCUGAUUAUCAUGCGCGGAAUGUUUGCUUAAGGGCAUUUGAACAUCUUAUACAUCGUGAAUUAGUAUGUUUCACGGACAAUAGAGGACAUAGUUUGUCCGUUGAAUUCCGUCCUGUAAAGCUUUUAGUCUCAUCUGCGGAACUACAUCAGGGACUGAAAGCAUAUCAUUCAUGCCCAGCUAUCCUUCAAAAGUUAAUGGAUCGUGAAGGCUAA